CUUUACAUUUGCCGAGAAAAGCGAAUAAUUUUAUCGAUCCUCCUCUCACAAUCUGCUUUCACUCUCGCCAAACCUCAUUUCUUCGCCGGAACCCUAGGUCGACUCCAUCAGUUUGAAUUUUCCGUAGAUGAACGUGCGAUUAGGGAAUAGCUGAGGUCUGACACGGCCAGGUUUUUGUCACCGAAUGGAGGGAGGUAGCGUCUCCAUACACUCUUUUCUCGGAACAAACCCAUGGAGUAUGAUGACAAUGACUUUCAAAACCAGAACCUCCAUUUAGCUGGUGAAGCUAACAAUAAAUUUCCCCCAGUAUUACAGCCUUAUGCUCUUCCAAAGUUUGAUUUUGAUGAUACCCUCAACACGCAUUUGAGGUUUGACAAUUUAGGUGAAUCUGAGGUUUUUCUUGGUAUCGAGGGUAACGAAGAUAGUAACUGGAUUGAAGAUUUCUCGCGUGGAAGUAGUGGUAUAGUGUUUAGUUCAGGUGCAACGGAGUCCUGUGCCAUUUCAAGGCAUACUAAUGUUUGGUCUGAGGCUACUUCGUUGGAAUCUGUUGAAAUGCUUUUGAAUUCAGUUGGUCAGGACGAAGUAAUUGUAAGAGAGAAUACUAUCAAGAAAUCUGAUACUUUGGAUGAACUAGUGUGCACAAUGGAACAAUCGGAGCCUGGUCAGACAAACCAUGAGAAUAGUCUUGCCAAUGAGGAAACAGCAAACGUACAUCCCAUCGCUUCUGUGGAUGAUACUCCAGGAGACCCCUCUUUGAAUGCUGGACACGAACAGGUCCUGGUGAAAGAUGACUCACCAGCCGUUGCGGAAGAGUCAUCCAUGGAGGAAAAAAAUGCCAUUUUGGCUUCAGAUGCCGCAACUGUAGAGGCUAUGGAUAAUGCUGGUCUUGAUAAGAUAGGAACUGAGACGACUGAUAGUCUUCUUGACCAUACCCUUGCUGAAGAGUCAUCUAUUGAGGGAAAUAAUGCCAUAUUGGCUACAAACUCCGCGACUGUAGACGCUGUGGAUACUGCUGGUCAUGAUAGGAUAGGAACUGAGACGACUGAUACUCUUCUUGACCAAACCGUUGCAGAAGAGUCAUCUUUGGAGGAAAAUAAUGUCGUUCUGGCUUCAAAUACAGCGAAUCUAGAGCCUCUCGAUACUCCUGGUCAUGAUAAGAUAGGAACUGAGACGACUGAUAGUCUUCUUGACCAAACCGUUGCGGAAGAGUCAUCCAUGAAGGAAAAUAAUGCCGUUUUGGCUUCAAAUACAAAUACUGCAACUGUAGAGGAUGUGGAUGCUGUUGGUCAUGAUAAGAUAGGAACUGAGACGACUGAUAGUCUUCUUAACCAAACAGAAGACGAAGCUAACGCAGAAUCAAAGAUGGAAAUCGACUGUAGCGACGGAACUGUGCAGGCUGGGGUUCCUUGUAGUGAUGAGUUGAAUAAUCAGACGACUUUGCUGCCAGAGACUUUCAAUGAUGGAAUUGAUAUCAGCGAGCACAAUCAAAGUAGUCAUAACCGCGAUGAUUUAACUGUAGAGGCACCAUCAGUUUUGGCUGAGGCUCAUUGUGAUAGGCAUGUAGACACAGCUUCCGAAGUUGGAAAUGUGGAAGCUGAAAACUUUGGUGAAACUGAAAAGCCUGAUUUGAUGGAGAUGGAGCCAUCUGAUGUCACAGCACUUGAAAAAGGGGACCAAGCAAUCUCUACUCUAGAGGUAGGUGGACAAGAUGUUUCAGGGACCCAAUGCCAAGAUCUCCUUGUCAGCAGUGCUCAUACUAGUGCAACUGGUGAAGCAUCUUUGGAACUUGCCGAGGAAUUAACCACUCUAACAAGCAGUUGUUACAUGGAGAAGCUUGAGCCGCCUAGUCAGCAACAUAUGGAAGUUAUUGCAAGUGAACAUGAGUCUACUUCGCUGACUGAGACACAUACACAGAUACUUCUAGUUGAGACUUCAGAAACUGUUUAUGUUUCACAAAUGGACACAAUGGUUGAAUCCACAAAAGGUGAUGUGUCUAAGAAGGGUGAAAAUAAUGAAGGUAGUGCUCGCGUGUCUAAUCUCAACCAAAGCAUGGAAUUGGCUGUCAAUGCCAAUGAUGGAGAUCCGGACGCCAAGAGCUCUCAGAUGCUAUCUGAAAGCGUUGUGUCCGGCUCUGUUGGCUAUAUUUUAGUAGACUCUGCUUCCAAGCUGGUGGAGUCAAAAUCUCAGUCUGACACCAUUCCAGCGGACAAGUCAGGGACUAUGAUUGACGGUAAAGAAUGUGAAGCAUGUCCUCUCAGUACUGAUGAAGUACAACAUAUAAACCAAGAUGGAGCAUCUGCUGCCAGUCUCACAUCUUCAAUAGAUUUACAUGUGGUGAAUACAUCGUCUGAUGCGAAUGAGCAAGGCAGUUUCUCUGAAACUGAGAAGGUUUCAACUGGGGAGCCUGAAAAUGGCCAAACCGGUCAACCUGUGGAUGCAAGUAGUUCAGGGAGUCAUAUGGACCGACAGCCUAGGAAGCAUACUGAAGACACUCAGCAAUGUACACAAUUUGUCGAAGGCUGUCCUGCUUCUGAAGGGUCAAAGGAUGCGGUAGAUGGUGAUGCCGCUGGAGAAGUUUUGCCGCAGCAGUUUGUGGAAAGAGUUUUAGAAGAAAAUCUAGGAACAGAAGUUGGAAACGUCCCUGAGUCGCAGUCAAUUUUGGACAAGGAUGGCAUAAAUGAGAAGCCUAAUACCAGCUCCUUGGCCAAUCCUGGGAGUGAAGCUGGGGAAGAUGUCCGGGAAGAGGAUAAUACUGCUGCAUCCGGUGGGAUUAUGACAGCGGGGACUCCGGAUUUACACCCCACAGGUGAUGUAAUUAAAGUAGGAGAUUCCUGUGCUUCUACUAGUUCUCAGCCUUUCGUAAAGUCCCAUGUGACUGGAACGGAAAACCCUGCAACAAAUUUAGGGACUCAUCUUAUUUCUUUCCCCACUGUUGAGACAUCCGAACUUCAACUUAAUAAGACAGAGACAAACAGUGUCAAAAAGCCAGAAGAUCAGAAUAUUUCCAGUUUUAUGUCUGGCGAAUCUCCGGUUUUGAAUAGAAAUGAGACCUUCAGCAGUGGGCUGAAGUUAAAUUCCAGUCCAAGGAAAGCAGGGGAGGUUUCCAAAGCUGUUAACUUUUCACAAGCUCCCCUUGUCUCUCCGAUUGUGGUGGGAUCUCCGUCAACAUCUAGCUUAGAGAAAUCAGCUGCAAAGUCUUCCAAAACAAAACCUGAGCGUAAACCAAGGCGAACAUCUAAAUCUGCUGGAAAAGAGACUUCUAGAAAAGGAAAUAGUGUAAAAGGGGCUACACCGUUUCAGCAUUUUCAAAGUGGAAGCAAAAUAAAUGCUGUUAAUCAAAGUUCUGCUUGUUCUACUCAUAUCACACAAUCUGCUGAGAAGCAGCAAAGUCUUCAGACCCCUGCUCUAAAUGCUUUUGGGACCCUUUCAGCCCCCAUGUCAAGUCUACCGGAUCUGAAUUCUUCUGCUCUCUCAAGUAUUUUGCGUCGACCUUUCACAGACUUGCAACAAGUGCAACUACGUGCACAAAUUUUUGUUUAUGGGGCUCUGAUCCAAGGAACAGCACCCGAUGAAGCUUAUAUGAUAUCUGCAUUUGGUGGUCCAGAUGGUGGGAAAGGCAGUUGGGAGAAAGCAUGGCGUGCUUGUGUUGUAAGGGCUCAGAAAUUGCAUGUUUCUACUCCUGAAACGCCAUUGCAAUCACGUGCAGGGAAGAUGGAAACUCCGUCAGCGGGCCAAACCAGUAGCAAAGAGAGUUUAGCGGCAAAACCCAUUAUACCACUCUCAUCGCCGUUAUGGAGUUUGUCAACUUCCCUUGAUACUUUACAGUCAAGUAGCAUUCAGAGAGGUCCAGCUGCUGCUCACCAGCUACUACUGUCUUCCUCGCAUGCUCACCAAACUCCACCAAUUACGAAUAUUGCUGGACAUAAUACCCCUUGGAUGUCGCCUCUCCCUUACCGCAACCAUUGGCUUGCUUCUCCGCAAACCAGUGGCUUCGAUGUUGGUUCUCGUUUCCCUAUUUUCCCAACCACUGAAACUGUGAAAUUGACUCCCACGAAAGAGUCAUCCUUGCCUUACUCGGGCGCAAAGCAUGUUCUGAGUGGAACCUCUAGCAAUGUUUUCAAAGGGACACCAACACUUGAGCCAGCCAGUACAGUUGGAGCACCUGCUCAACAUUCCACUGGGACGAAAGUAAGGAAACGGAAGAAGAUGCCAGUCUCUGGGGAGUCUGGUCCAAGCAUUUUGAAUUCGCUGAACCAGACAGAAUUAGCUGUCUCACCUCUUGUUUCUUUAUCUACAUCUGUACCUAUCACAGCUACUCCGGCGAAUGUGUUUUCUAACGCAAGCACCAUGUCCAAUGUUGUUUCUAUCACUGCAGCCCCCAUGAACCUGGCAUCUACGUUCCCCGGGAAGAAAAUGAAGUCAUCUUUGCCAUCCCCAAUUUUUGGUGGUAACCUUGUGCCUGAAGUUAGACAGAGAUCUGUCUUGUCGGUGGAUACCAUUGAUAAACUUAAUGAGUCUAAGAUGCAUGCAGAGGAUGCAUCUGCUCUUGCUACUGCAGCUGUUAGUCACAGUGAAUACGUAUGGAAGCAGCUAGAGCAACAAAUGCAUACUGGCCUCCAGCCAGAAACUCAAGGAAGAUUAGCUUCGGCUGCUGUUGCCAUAGCUGCUGCUGCUGCAGUGGCAAAGGCUGCAGCGGCUGCCGCCAAUGUCGCAGCUAAUGCUGCAUUGCAGGCCAAAUUAAUGGCUGAAGAAGCAUCCCUUCCAAGUGCUUCUAAUCAGGGUAAUGAACUCUUUAGGUCAAAUGAUAUUGUAAUUCAAGGCCAGGGUACCCCUGCUUCUAUCUUGAAGGGUGAAGGUUCAGUGGUGAGCUCUAGUCCGGUUCUUAUUGCUGCGAGGGAGGCGGCUAAGAAGAGGGUUGAAGCUGCCACAGCGGCCACCAAGCGAGCUGAGAAUAUGGAUUCUAUUGUAAAAGCAGCAGAACUGGCUUCAGAGGCGGUUUCACAAGCUGGGAUACUUGUUUCAAUGGGUCACCCUCCGUUGCUCAGUAAGCUGGUGGAGGCGGGUCCAAGUAAUUACUGGAGGCAGGCUCAAGAAUCUCAGGAAGUGCAGCCCUGUAAAACGGGUGUGGUAGAAAAAGAAACUGUGGCUACUAGUGAUGGAACUUUUGCUAAUCCCAGAACUAUGCCGACUGAGUUGGAUGGCUAUGUGAAAACGGCAGAUGGUUUAUCCGGUCCAGUUUCUGCCACUGGAAAGGAAACAAAGGGACAAAAGGCUAAAGGUGCAGACUUGGCUAAAAACAAUGCUGUAGUUUUCGAACCAGAAGUUGGGUCAAAAUCUUCAGUUGACACCCGGACUGAGAGGGAACAGAUUAUGAAAACAACAAACGAUGAGGACAUCAAGGAGGGUUCUCGUGUAGAGGUUUACAAGGAAGGACCUGAAUUAAGAACUGCAUGGUACUCUGCCAAUGUAUUGAGCUUAGAGGAUGAUAAAGCUUACGUGAUGUUCAGUGACCUCUCUGUAGAACAAGGAACAGAUAAGCUAAAGGAGUGGGUAGCCCUCAAAGGUGAAGGUGAUGAGGCCCCGAAAAUAAGAGCUGCUCGUUCUGUUACUGCUAUGCCAUACGAAGGAACCAGGAAGAGACGUAGAGCUGCCAUUGGGGAUCCUGCUUGGAAAAUUGGGGAUAGGGUAGACUCGUGGGUGCAUGACAGUUGGUUGGAGGGUGUGAUCACGGAGAAGAACAAGAAAGAUGAAAAUACAGUGACUGUGCAUUUUCCUGCACAAGGAGACACUUUGACGAUCAAAGCUUGGAAUCUUCGUCCUUCUCUUGUAUGGAAAGAUGGCAGGUGGAUUGAAUGCUCUACUUCAGGAGAAAACAUCGGCUCGUCACAUGAGGGUGAUACUCCAAAGGAGAAGCGUCCCAGGUUAGGAGUUCCCGCUCCUGUGGCUGAAGGAGAAGACACGAAAAUGAAGAUUGUUGAUGAUCCAAGUUUAGGGAAACCGCCUCAGUCUGCUGUUCUUGACCUCGGUGUUUCAGAGAAUACAUUCAACAUUGGAAGGAGUACCAGAGAGGAAGGCAAACCCGAUCCACUCCGAAUGAAGAGAACUGGUUUGCAAAUACAGGGAUCAAAAGCAAUUUUUGGUGUCCCUAAACCUGGAAAGAAAAGGAAGUUCAUGGACGUCAGCAAACACUAUGUUUCAGAGGCAAACACUAAAACUCGGGAAAGGAAGGAACCAGCUAAGCCUGUGAAACCAACUGUGACCCAAAAUUUAGGACCAGGGAGCUGGAGAAUGCCUUCUAAAACUGUUUCCAGAGAGAAACAGACAACAAUAUCGAAGCCCAAAACUUUCAAACCCGUGUCCAAGACCAAAGAGAAACCGGUUGCUGCAGCUAGGAUAAUUCCCCGCAAGGACUCUCGUAACACAACGGCGUCAAAUAUGGAAUCUGAUAAUGUCGUCGAUCAGAGUGGAGAGAACAAGGGUCCUGCAUCUGAAACAACUACUAGUGUUCCAUCCAAGGGAACAGGGGAAGAGCAAACCACAUCAUCUUCCCAAGGCCAAGAUAAUAUUUCCAAGAAUAGUUCCUCCUCGGGCACUAAUAAAGGGAAAGUGGCUCCUACUGCAGGGAGGUUAGCGAAGAUCGAAGAGGAUAAGGCGUUGGCUGAGAAUUCUUCAAAAGCAUCAGAUGGAAUGGAGCCACGUAGAUCUGUCCGCAGGAUUCAGCCAACUUCUAGACUACUUGAAGGUCUGCAAACGUCGAUGAUGACCUCGAAGAUUCCUUCGAUGUCACACAGCAAAAGUCACCAAAGUCAGAGCAAAAAGUAACUGUAGAGGCACGUAGGUGGUGGAAGGAGCAGGAGCUAAGUGCACAUAAAACCUUAGCGGAGAAAAAGAUGUAAGAGGGCAGUCUCUCGGCUGCUGUUAGGUUGUUUUUAAUUUAAUUGCAUGCUCGAAAAAAAAAACUUCUCUGUUGGUUGGGAGAGAUGAUAUAUUAUAUGUUGUAGGUGUGCUUUUGAUUUUUUUAGUCAAAUGUUUCUCUCUCUCUAUCUCUCUCAAUCUCAGUCGGUGUGUCUGAGAGGGAUAAGAAGAAGUUUGUAUAUUCGUGACAUUGUUUUAGGAACCAACACUUUCUUUGGUUAAUUGCCAAUUAUCAUCUCCCUAACUCCA